GGUGCGUUCAAAAACGGUAUUGCUACCGUCCUGAUGGGGAGUGAGUGUGGGUCAACUCAUCUGCAACUUUGGUAUGAUGAGAGUGGGAGGGCGGAGGAGUAAAACCAUUGAGGAGGCGCUACGCGUUGGAUGCUGUGGAGGAAGGUGGUGAUGGUGAUGGGGGUCUUGGACAAGAUUGAUCGAUGGACAUGAUAAUAACGUUUUGGUGUUGUUUAGGAACAGUUCGUCAGGUUGCUAUCAAUCACUCGUCAUGGGACUUGAUAGUGGUGAGCAGCACUACUCUACUACCUCUCUUGCCGCCAGCCACUCCAUUCGUCGUCGUCGUCGGUGUUUCGACUACCACAUCGUCGUUGGUGUGCGGGUUUUUGGAGCAAACCCACACCAUGAUUCCACAGUUUGGCGAGCUUGAUCCUCCCUCCGUCCUCCACAUGCUGUUCUUUUCCUGCCGUUGUUUUGCAGCAAGAGAUACCACGCCAAACGGCCAUAGUGCUCUAAUGAUUGGGAGUUUGACCGCACCAAGCCAACGAACCAUGUGGACCCCUUCACGCGGUUAUUGCUGCCCAAGCUUUCCCCUUCCUUAGUCGAGAGUUAGAGACCGGGAGGUGCAUGGUUUUAUACUAGAACAAACAAGGGAGAAAUUAGGUGCAUGUGGGUUGCACGUUUCCU